UUGGUAUAACCUGACUCUCUUGACAGUAGCGCGAGCCCCGGGCUUCCAAAUAAGGAAUCCGGCUGUUGCUGCGCGCGGACACACAGACAGACAAGGACGCUCUGGAGCCGCAAGCUGGGGACGGCGGUUCCCGAGACGCGCGCGAGCCCUCUUUGAUUUGCCGCUCCGUUAAACCUUCACAUUCACCUGGAAGACUGUGUAACCUGAAGACGGAGAUCUGGAGAAUAACUUUUUUUGAGACGAAUGUCGGAAUUUCUGGAAUAACAAACUAUUUUGAAAAAAAGGAGUUUCCCUUUAUAAAUUAAAGAGGAGCUGAGGACGUUUCAUUUUGGAACAAUGUAUGAAAAGAGCUGUCGGUGAACACACUCGGGAUUUUCUGAACCCAUUAAACGCACUGGAAGCACAGUCGGAACUAACGGAACUCCUCUCUGAGUUUUCACCUCUUCUUUAUCCCAAUUAACGUUACAUCUAAUUUGCUCUGUGUCAAGCCGAAAUUUCCGUUUCUAACAAGGCGUUUGGUGGACUUAUCCUCGGACUUAUCCCCAGGCUUUUGGAAUUGGUGAUAGCACAGUAAACGCACCGAGCUCUGACCACUGACAGUAUGCAUCAAAGGGACUGCUAACUUACUCAAGUGCCACUAAGACCUGCCACAACACACUGAGGAGAGUCAAGUGUACAGGACAUGUCUGCUCUUAUGACAGCGCAUGCAUUUCUGGGACAGCGCCAGGUUCAGAGUCAGAGAACCCCCUUUCACCCCCAGGUUCUUGUGAAUCUCGGGGCAGACUGAUGCAGCCAUGGGCCGAUCGCUGGAUCUUUGAGAGCAACCUACCUCCCCCUCCUCCUCCACCACCACGUCCUUUUCCUCCUCCUUCUACUCCUCUUCCUUUGCCCUACACAGGUGGAAGUUGAGUCCUCCAAAGACAGAGACCAGCCAUCAGCCUAUGAAACCUUCUCCUUCCCUUCAUCUGCAAACCAUGACAAGCGUUGUUUCUCGAAUUCCUGGCCAAUCAAGGUGGCCUCUCCCAGUGCUACUCUUGUAUUUUGCCCCUCUGCUGCUGAUGGAGGGUUGUUGCUACGCAGCCCCCUCAGGCCCAGAGUCAGACUCCUGCUCCACCUUAGUCCAGAGCCGCUUCUUUGGCUUCUUCCUGUCAUCAUCAGUGUUCCCCACCAUGCCUUGUUCCUGGACCCUGCAGAACCCUGAUCCACGGCGCUACACCAUCUUCAUCAAGGUCACCAAACCUACCGAGGACUGCGUGCCGUCACAGCUCCGCACCUUCCAGUAUGACUCCUUCCUGGAGACCACGCGCACCUACCUGGGCAUGGAGAGCUUUGAUGAGGUGGUGAGGCUGUGCGAUACCUCUGCCCCAGUGGCCUUCCUGGAGGCCGGAAAGCAAUUCCUCCAAAUGAGGAAGGGACUUCCUCGGGUGGGAAAGGCCAUCACGGAUGGCGACGGAGAUUUCAAAACUGAGUACCUGGUGGUUGGAAAGCGUAACCCCAGUAUGGCGGCCUGUCAGAUGCUGUGCCAGUGGCUAGAGGACUGUCUGGCCUCAAGCACGUCUAACAGGCCCUGCGGCAUCAUGCAGACUCCGUGUCUGUGCUGGGAGCCGCCGCCACAGCUCAGUGAGGGGGAUAGCUGUUAUCACAAUGGAGUUUACCUGGAAAACUGUUUACCCAGCGUGAAAGAGAGUGGAAAAAAUGCUGAGAUAAAUGGUGGCUGGAGUGUGUGGGGUCAGUGGGCGCAGUGCAGCAGUGAGUGCGGAGGCGGGAUUCAAACUCGGACCCGAAGCUGUCAGUCACCUCCAGAAGAGUCGUACCUGUGUGAAGGUGUGGUGGAAGAAGGCCGGCCGUGUAACUCACAGCCCUGCACUGGCAAAGGUCGCCAUCUCUCUCGCAGCCAAUCGCUUCGCUCGGUGGACAGCCGCAAGCGCGAUGACGUAGACAAGCCCCGCAGUGGACAGCAGAACCCUCAGACAGUAGACUCAGCUUCAGGUGAGGAGUGGUCAGCGUGGAGUGUGUGUUCUGCCACGUGUGGGGAGGGCUGGCAGAGUCGCACUCGUUUCUGUGUGUCCUCCUCCUACAGCACCCAGUGUAGUGGGCCACUGCGAGAGCAGAGACCCUGCAACAACUCUGCUGUUUGUCCAGCUGCUCUGAUUGCAGUGCACGGCGCUUGGGACGAGUGGUCACCGUGGAGUUUGUGUUCAUCGACCUGUGGCCGAGGUUACAGGUCACGGACACGAACCUGCACCCCCCCACAGUUUGGGGGAGAUCCCUGUGAGGGCCCAGAGAAACAGACCAAAUUCUGCAACAUAGCUGUCUGUCCAGUGGAUGGAGUGUGGAAUGAGUGGUCCAGCUGGAGCUCCUGCUCCGCCUCCUGCUCUAAUGGGACCAUGCAGAGAACCAGGGAAUGUAACGGCCCCUCGUAUGGAGGCUCAGAGUGCAGAGGAGAAUGGCUGGAGACUGUUGACUGCUUCCUUGGGGAGUGCCCGGUGGAUGGCAAGUGGCAGCCGUGGUCUUUGUGGUCAGGCUGUUCUAAAACCUGUGGAGGGGGGAGCCAGCAGAGAAACAGGAUUUGUUAUGGGCCCUUUUUUGGAGGGCAGCCCUGUCCUGGAGAACGAGAAGAGGUCAGGCGCUGUAAUGAAAAGAGAUGCCCAGAACCUCAUGAAAUAUGUGGCGAGGACAACUUCUCCAAUGUUGUAUGGAAGAUGACUCCAGCUGGGGAUACUGCCGCAGUACGCUGUCCUCCCAAUGCCAUGGGGCUUAUCCUGCGCCGCUGCACCCUGGACGAAGAGGGCAUCGCCUACUGGGAGAAUCCCACCUAUAUGAAAUGCAUUUCCAAUGACUAUCGCAGUAUACAGACUUUGACUCGGGAACACUUGUCCAAAGCACAGCGUGGCCUUGUGGGAGAUGGAGUUUCAGAGGUGAUGACCAAGCUCAGGGUGACAUCCAGUGAUGGGACCAGUUACAGUGGGGACCUGCUGGCCAUCGUGGACGUGCUGAAGAACAUGACAGAGAUUUUCAGGAGGGCAUACUACAGUCCCAGCAGUGCAGACAUGAGGAACUUUGUGCAGUCAGUCAGCAAUCUGCUGAUGGAAGAGAACAGGGAGAGGUGGGAGGAAGCACAACUGCUGGGGCCAAACAUCAAAGAGCUGUUCCGUCUGGUGGAGGACUUUGUGGAUGUCAUUGGCCUGAGGAUGAAAGACUUCCAAGACAUGUAUGAAGUCACCGAUAACCUAGUUUUGAGCAUCCAUAAGCGUCCAGUGAUGGGUCAUGCAGACAUCAGCUUCCCCAUGAAGGGCUGGAGGGGCAUGGUGGACUGGGCCCGCAGCUCUGAGGACAGAGUCACCAUCCCCAAGAACAUCCUGUCUACUGGGAAGCCAGAAGCAGACGAGUCCUCGACGUUUGUAACCGGCAUCGUUCUGUACAGAAACCUGGGCAGCAUUCUGACUCUGCAGAGAAACAGCACAGUCCUCAACUCCAAGGUUUUGUCAGUGGCCAUCAAGCCCACCCCUCCCUCCCUUUCUGCCCCAGUUGUAGUUGAAUUCUCUCACCUGUACAACGGCACCACUAAUCAGACCUGUAUAUCCUGGGACGAGAGUGACAGCUCCUCUCUGCUGGGAUCCUGGUCUGCCAGGGGCUGCAAAGCCGUGCUAGUCGACUCAUUCAGAACCAAAUGCGUGUGUGACAGACUGUCCACCUUCGCCAUUUUAGCACGGCUAAAUCCCGAAAUGAAUAUGGAUAAGACACAGCUUCCAUCCGUGACGCUGAUCGUGGGCUGUGGAGUGUCUUCACUGACAUUGUUGCUGCUCAUCAUCAUCUAUGUGUCUGUCUGGAGGUACAUUCGGUCUGAGCGCUCAGUCAUCCUCAUUAACUUCUGCCUCUCCAUCAUCUCCUCCAACGCCCUGAUUCUCAUUGGACAGACACAGACACGAAAUAAGGUCUUGUGCACCCUGAUAGCUGCAUUUCUUCAUUUUUUCUUCCUGUCCUCGUUCUGCUGGGUUCUGACAGAGGCGUGGCAGUCGUACAUGGCAGUGACGGGCCGCCUCAGAAAUCGCAUCAUCCGCAAGCGUUUCCUGUGUCUCGGCUGGGGUCUCCCUGCACUAGUGGUGGCAAUCUCAGUGGGAUUCACCAAGGCAAAGGGAUAUGGAACACCAAGCUACUGCUGGCUGUCUCUGGAGGGAGGUCUUCUCUAUGCAUUUGUUGGACCUGCUGCAGCUGUUGUCUUGGUUAACAUGGUUAUUGGGAUUCUCGUAUUUAACAAACUGGUGUCCAAAGACGGCAUUACUGAUAUGAAACUAAAGGAGAGGGCGGGUCAGAUGACAGUGCCACUGUACAAUAUGACGCUCAAAUGUGCCAAGUGCGGAGUUAUCUCUUCGGCUGACGUUUCCACCACAGCUACCAGUAACGCCAUGGCGUCACUGUGGAGUUCCUGUGUAGUUUUGCCUCUCCUGGCCCUCACAUGGAUGUCAGCCGUCCUCGCAAUCACAGACCGGCGCUCUGCGCUCUUCCAGAUCCUCUUUGCUGUCUUUGAUUCACUGGAAGGCUUCGUCAUUGUCAUGGUGCACUGCAUCCUGCGCAGAGAGGUUCAGGAGGCAGUAAAGUGCCGUGUGGUGGACCGCCAGGAGGAUGCUAAUGGAGAUUCAGGAGGAUCUUUCCAGAAUGGUCAUGCCCAGCUUAUGACUGACUUUGAGAAAGACGUGGAUAUGGCUUGCCGAUCAGGCACUGUAAAGCGCUCAUCUCUCCAGGGGGAGGAGAAGGCCUCCUCUGGGACCCACACCCUUCAGAAGGGUUCUAACUUUAACACCAUGCCGGCCAGCAUGGCCAAGGUUCACCUCCAGAAUGUGGCAGACUACACCAGCCACACUCUGACUCUGCGCAGGGAGAAGGGCCCGACCAAGGGAAUCAGCACGGAGCUGCCAGGUGCCAAAUCCAUCUACAUCUGCGAUGGUGAGCUCUUCAAGCAGCUUGAUGGAGAGCUGCCUCGAGGAAACGGGGAGGGCAGCAGCUCUGAGGGCACUGGCAAAGGCCCGGGGUACGUCAUUCUACCGACCAACAACACAGGCACCCUGAAGCCGGCCAAGGGGAAAGAGGAGCAGACAGCCAAGUAUAACAUCAGCAUUGAGCAGCUGCCUCAGACCAGGCUCAUCCACCUGGCUAACCCUGCCAGUGGAGAGCCAGUGCCUGGCUUCGGGCUGAAGAGCCUGCCUGCUGACCAGAUCAGUGUGUCAUGCUCUGACAGAGACUCACCUGCACACAAUCUGCAAAAUAUGCCCAGAGACUCCCAGGUGGCCAACAGCAUGUGUGACGGAGGAGAUUCCGGAAACUCUGGUGUGAUGUCUAAGAGUGAGACCGUCUCCACACUGUCCAUGAGCUCACUGGAGAGACGAAAAUCACGCUAUGCAGAGCUUGACUUUGAGAAGAUUAUGCAUACCCGGAAACGCCACCAGGACAUGUUUCAGGACCUGAACAGGAAGAUUCACAGUGCAGACAAGGAUAGAGAAUCUCCACCUGUUGACGCCAAAGCUGCCAAAAGAUGGAGUGUGUCCUCUGCCAGCAGCGACAAGACCAACAUGAGUGACAAGCAGCAGACCCCGAGUAAGAGGGCGUGGGAGGGCAUCAGGAAGCCCCACUCCCCCCCAUCCUGGGUAAGGAAGGACCUGGAGACGGUGGCUGCCUCCCCUCUGGAGAUGCAGACGGUAGAGUGGGAGAAGACCAGCGCCACAAUCCCUCUGGUGGGCCAGGAGAUCAUGGACCUUCAGACGGAGGUGUGACCCAGCUUCUGGCAUCACACCCACAACUUCCUUUUUUUCCCCAGUGCUCUCAGACAGACAAGCAGAACCCACCACACACACUGCCCUGCUCUGUAUUUUUACUCAAAGGCUGGAUAAGGCCCACUGCGAGAACGUGAGGGGGACGGAGGGCGAGGAGGAGAGAGAAGCGUCACAAUAUCAGAAAAUUAAUUCAAUCAAUUAAAGAGAGAACAGGAAAAUAGCGUCUCUUUUAAUGUUUCAUUUUGAUGUUUGGACGGUGUUUUUGUCUGCAAAAUACUGGUCAUCUUCUUGUAUAUGGUCUCAGACACCACAGUGGCUCACAUGGUCGUACAGAUUGCCAUGUGCAUCAUAUAGUCAUGUAAUAAAUCACAUAGCAAAGGUAAUCAUGCGAUGUUUACCCCUGUAUUAAAUGAAUACAAUGUAAUAAUCAUGAUUAUGUCUCCUUUUUUUCUCUGUUGAGAGUAUUGUUGCAUCACUUUUCUGCUCUCUCUUUCUUCUGAUGAACGCUGAUGUAAAUGGAGACGCCUCUGGACUUACUUUUUCUUCAACAUCAAUCUCAAAAGGGAAAACAAACAAGUGAGGCAGACUGCCAAACACACACACCCACGUGGCGGUCAAUGCAGUUCUCUCCCCCCUUCAACUCACCCCAAUCCUUCUGGCUCCACCGCUUUAUCCCCCCGUGAUCCUGACAGGGCAAGGUCGGCCCUGCAGUGACAAGCGAAGGGGAGAGGGGGUAAAAAAAAAAAAAAAAAGAAGAAGUUUCCCAGAGCCAAAAUGGCAAGUUGCCUUCUCAUCGACGGACACCUCAGAGACGCCAGAGAGCAGGGCCGGUGGGCCUUGCGCCCUAAUCGGCCCUCAACCUCAAUGCCGCCCGCAGAGGGAUAACAAUGGACGUCAGUGUCAGUGCGUCCGGAAGGAGCCACGUUCAACAAACACAUGCUGUUUGAGUCAGUUUCUCGAUGUACAAGCAGGCUUGGUACAGUGAAUGCAAAAUAUGAUGGUGUUUCACAGAGGGAAAAGGUACUUGUGUGUGUAUGUGCGUGUGUGUGUGUGUUGAGUAGUUGCAGAUGAGUAAAUGACUAGAUCUAUAAAUAUAUAUGGUUAAAGGUAAUGAUAUAUACAAGGCAGAGGUUAGAGAGGGAUGGUGGUUGCACACAGAGAAAGCACAAGGCUCAUUUGGAGUCCUGAUGUACAGCAUUGUAAUUAUUUCAACAGAGUUCUACAGAAUGGAUUUUAGCCUAUAAAUAUCUUUCUUACUGUGCUUGGGGAUAGUUGUUAUCAUUAUUAUAAAUAUGAACAUGAUUAUUCUGAUACUGAUCCUCCCAUUCCCUCCUCGUCCUUUCAGGGUACUGGACUAUACGAGUGUUCUGUAUCGCAAUGUAACAGUGUGUGUUUUGAUAUUACCGCCAAUCACUCCCUUCAGAUCUGUAUUUGUCGAAACCCCCUGACCCACUGAUCUGCGCCCCACCCUGCCACACACACCCCCGCCCACCCCACCCUCACUCCCCUUUUUAAUUUACUGGGGUCGCCUCUUUGUUAAUGUACAGUUUUCAGAGCACAAAAUGAAUGUGUCUUAUUUCUAAUAAAAGCAUAUCUAUAUAAUAAAGCAA